AAAUUCUCCGUCCUUCCCAUUAUACAAUUCUCAACCACUUCCAUUCUCCAUUCUUCGCAGCAUACCUUCAUUUAAUGCCUAAUUUUGAAGAAAUGUUGAUGAUGAGCUUCAUCAUAAAUGGAGUUUUGUUAAAGCUUAUCCUCAAAUUAUAUCUAGCUCUUUUUACUUGUAUCUUUGCUUUCGGCGGAGCUGCAGUGGGGGCAAUUACCGGUGCAAUACAAGGGCAUACGACGGAAACCGGCCUCUCACGUGGCUUCGUUAUCGGAGCUUUGGUGGGGGCCGUCACCGGCGUCCAAUUGAUGGACCUUGUCCUAAAUGGAGACCCUUUACGUAAGAUGGCAUUAAUACGUAGUGUGAUCAAUGGAAAUGUAUUCAGUGAAUGGGUCUGCCCUGAACUCCUACAAGCUUAUGACUGGCAGAUGAGCGCUGUGGAGACAAGCAUAAGCAAUGAUGAUUUUUCAGACAUCUUUGAUAUUGAAACAUCAAGUGGACUAUCACAAGAUUGUAUCAAACGAAUACUACCAAUUUGCAACUUCAAUGACACCACUUGUUAUUCAGAUACUAGCUGCACAGUUUGCUUACAGAAAAUAAAGAAUGGACAAGUGGGGAGGUGGCUUCCAAAGUGUAAGCAUAUAUUCCACGUUGAGUGCAUAGAUGGAUGGCUAAUGAGGCACCCCAGCUGCCCAAUAUGCAGGACCCAUGUUUCCUAAUCCUUAAUCAUAAUCCUCCAUUAAUACAUAUCAUCUUCUCUCUUCCUAUAGAUUUUGCUACCUAUACUAUUGCGCACAUCGCAUAUACUCUUAUUUUUGU